AACAUUGUUGCAGGACAGAUUGCGGAGCUCGGCAGCUGGUGAGGGUACAAGGAAGUGGUGCGGUUAGAAGUUUCCAGACAGUUGUUUUAGCAGACAAUAACCGUUCAAAAAAACAGUCUUCAACAUAGACAACGGACUUGAACGACGCAGUUUCACAAUAAGCUUUGACCACAGAACCAUAGAGGACAAACAUGCCUUCUCUCUCUGCACCCACUGAUAUGGGCAGCUCGCCCCCUUCUCCAAUGGACAGCAGCCCCAGGAGGUUGUCCUGGGGCAAACUGGUGCAAAGACUGACUGAUUUCAGCACAUCCACUAACGGCAGCAUUGAUUUGGGGUCCAACAAUGGCAGCAGGAGUGAUCUCUCAGACUCCGGGUCAGACAUUUCCAGUGACCUGUCUCCCUCUAAUGAAGACCUGUUCUAUGAUCCAAUGGAGGAGACAAUCCUGAAAGAAGUAGUGGACCUUAUUGCACGAAGCCUAAGAGAAGCCAAAGACUCUGACUGCGCCUUACGGUGUACCAAACUGCUCAUCCCGGAGAAACUCCUGGAGCACAUUGGACAGGAACUCCUUCACCUGGCGGCCAGUGAACCCUGUGGUUUAAGAGGGGCUCUCAUCGACCUUUGCGUGGAGCAGGGGGGUGUCUGUGAGAGCAUGGGGCAGCUAUCCGUAGACCCCUACCUUGUCCCCACCUUUCAGCUGACUCUGGUGUUGAGGCUGGAGUCUGGUGGGCUGUGGCCCAAAAUCCAAGGACUUUUUAGUACAAAGUCUCCUUCCACUCCAGUAGUGAGACAAGCUAUUAAACUUAGUACUGGUUUCCGCGUGAUAAAGAAGAAACUGUAUUGCUCUGAUGAACUGCUCAUUGAGGAAUGUUGAGAAAUGCAAGGGACCAGAGAUGUUGUCUGCAUUUUUAAAAUGCCCAUUUAAUCACAGAAGGGCCUUAUUACUAUUACUGUAUGUGUGAUGCCUUCUGAAGUGAAAGGAUGGACUUUGACAUGAUGUAGCCUAUUAUUCCUACUGUAAGGGAGUUGAAGUUUAUGGUACCUGGAGCAGGUGUUGCUUGCUCCUCACUGACAUUCAGAUUUUCAAUUUACAAUGUGUAACCAUCACGCUAUAUCUGGUAAAUAGGCAUUUUUUAGCAAGUAUUGAAGUGUGUACCUCAGUUUCUAUUGAAACAUACAAUGGCAGCUAGCUAUAUGGUUAUAGUCAUUGAAAACCAUUGUGUUCUUUCUUUUUAUAUAAGGCAAUUAACCGAAUUGUAUUCAAAGCGAUGAAUUGUACUAUAAGUGAACCGUUAGGGACCUUAGUGACUGCUUGAAUUCAAGUGCAAAGGCCCAUCCAGUGCUUGCCUUGUGCAGUAUACAUGUGUAGGCUGUGGCUCUUUACUUCAAAUGUAACUUGAUCUUGUAUCUGUGUAGACAUGUCCUGCUUUCAACUUUAUUUAUUUGAUAUUCAAAUACGCAUAACAUUGCACUGUUUUUUGUACUUUUCAUGAUUCCAAAUAAAUUAUUUUUUUUAAUAA